CGUAACUCAAACCUCUAACAAUAUUAUUUUGUCACAUUAAAAGCAAAUCCUCUGUCAUGUCAACAUGUCACGUAAAAAAUUCAAUAAACGCAUUUAAUAUUUGUUAAAUAGCGUUGAAACUAUUUUUGGGGCCGGCGUUCUUCUGGUACUGUGCGCAAAAUGUCGAAGAAGCCCAAAGAAGAGUUCUCUUGUGAGAUGUACAGCAACAAAUACUUCAUGCUGUGCGCUUACGGAGGCGCCUGUGCUUGCGGGAUCACGCAUACCUUCGUUACACCUCUGGACUUGGUCAAGUGCCGCCUGCAAGUUGACCCGGCCAAAUACAAAUCCAUAUUUAAAGGAUUCGGGAUAUCUAUCAAAGAAGGCGGCGCUGCUAACCUCGUAAAAGGCUGGGCACCUACGCUCAUAGGCUAUUCUAUGCAAGGUUCGUCAAAAUUUGCUGGCUACGAAUACUUCAAGUACAAAUUCUCCAAAAUGGUUGAUGAAGAAUCGGCGUACUUAUACAGAACUUACCUGUAUUUAGCUGCUGCAGCAUCGGCCGAAUGCAUAGCUGAUAUCUUCCUUUCUCCUUUCGAAGCCACUAAAGUCCGGAUACAAACAACGCCGGGGUACACGUCAAAGAUGCGGAAGGCCAUGCCACAUAUGCUGGCCACAGAAGGCUUUGGAGUCUUUUACCGUGGCUUAGUGCCGUUAUGGGGGCGACAAAUUCCCUACACUAUGAUGAAAUUCGCGUCUUUCGAGAAAACACUUGAGUACUUGUAUGAGAAUGUUGUGCCCAAGCCUCGUGACCAGUGCACCAAGAUUGAGCAGCUCCUCGUUACGUUCACAGCUGGGUACAUAGCUGGGGUGCUGUGCGCUAUAGUGUCGCAUCCAGCUGACACGAUCGUUUCCAAGCUCAAUAAGGACCCCGGGGCUUCGAUCGGGGGUAUCAUAGCCGAAGUGGGGCCGAUGGGCAUCUGGCGAGGUCUAGUGGCUCGCAUCAUUAUGAUUGGCACCCUCACAGGACUGCAAUGGUUUAUUUAUGACGGUUUCAAAGUGAAAAUGGGUAUGCCUCGGCCGCCUCCCGCAGAGAUGCCAGAAUCCCUUAGAAAGAAACUGGCGGCAAAGAAGUAAUGAUCGUGAUAACCUUUUUCCUUUAUUGUAUCUAAGUUAUAUUUGAUAUUUGAAAUGCAAUGUGCCUUCUGCUCAUUUAUUAAAUAUUUCAUCUG